UCCCUGAGGUCAGAGCUGAGUUACCUGAACUUAACACAGACAGACUGAAGAUGGCCAGGAUUUUGGUUGGCAAAGCCAUUGAGAUGAAGAAGAUAUUCUCCAUCCAAGGUCCAUAUCCUGUCAUCAGGGCAGCUCUGAGGGCAAGGGGCUGGAUUGAACGUUGCAUGUAUGGUUCUAAGCAACAGGCCCAGAAGCGUCACAGCAGUGGAACCAGCUCCUUGAAAUAUAACGACACAUUAGAGGAUGCUGAGAAAGAACCAAAUCCAGAUCAACUGCACAGUCUCAUGUCUCGCCUUGUGAAGAAUGAGAUGGUUUAUUUCUAUUGGACCAGAGAUGCAAUCAACCCAAACAGCUUGCAGAAAAACCAAAUCAUCAAUCAUUUCGCUAAUGCAGGCACUUUUACCACUAAAGUGGGGUUGUGUGUGAACUUAAGGAACCUUCACUGGUUUGACACAGCAGACCCAGGCACCUUCUUCCCUCGGUGUUACAGCCUUACAGAGGAGGAUGAAAGGCAGGCCUUCAUUGAGGACUUCAGGCGAACAGCUUGCACCAGUCUUCUGAGGUUAAUUGUGGAGAGAGACCAGGAUCUUCAUAGGCAGAAGAAAGAGAUCAACCACUGCUCUGAGCAAUCGCUCCCUUCCCAAAUGAUUUACAGCGCCCUAAAAGUUUGCCAUGAGUACCUGGAAAAGCUGGAGCACAAAGACAUUGAUAAAACUUUUAAAACACCACAGACGCUCACACAGGAUCAGUGGGCAGAGUUUUUAAACAGUUAUUAUCUGGUUGCUCAUGAUGGAGUACAGAUUAAAGGAAGCAAACAUCUGGUCAAUUCUUGUAAGGCCAUGCUGCAGCAACUGGAGAAGGUCAACCCACAGCUGGGCAUCGAUGGCAAACAAAACAUCUGGAUUAUCAAACCUGUGGCAAUGUCCAGGGGCCGAGGCAUAAAAUGUGUAAAACAUCUUGAUCAGAUCCUCAGGCCAGUGGACAAGUAUUCAGCAAUUACCAGCCCCAGUAGGUGGGUGGUGCAGAAGUACAUUGAGCAGCCCUUUCUGGUCCAUGGUACCAAGUUUGAUAUUCGCCAAUGGUUUCUGGUCACUGACUGGAACCCUCUGACUGUGUGGUUCUACAAAAAGUGCUAUUUGCGCUUUUCCACCCAACCUUUCUCUUUAGACACACUGGACAGCUCGGUGCACUUAUGCAAUAACUCCAUCCAGAGGCACUUGAGGCCCUCUCAACAACGGCAUUGGAACAUUCCAGCACACAACAUGUGGUUGGAUGACCAGCUUAAAGCCUUCCUGGCUGAGCAGGGGAAGGAAGCCCUCUGGGAGACUGUUGCUGUCCCAGGAAUGAAGACAAGCAUUAUCCACGCAUUACAGACAGUACAGGAUCAGAUAGGGUCACGCAAAAACACGUUUGAGCUGUAUGGUGCUGAUUUUAUGUUAGAUCUUAGCCUGAACCCAUGGUUAAUAGAAAUCAACACUAGCCCAACAAUGGCGCCCUCAACCUCUGUGACUGCCCAGCUCUGUGCUGCUGUGCAGGAGGACACAUUACGAGUGGUUCUGGACUGGAGAGUUGAUUGUUCUGCAAACACAGGAGACUUUGAACUCAUAUAUAGGCAGGCAGCAGUAGAUGUCCCUCAGUAUUUGGGAGCCAACCUGAUUGUUGAGGGCUUUGCUGUUAAAAACACUUGCCCUCUUCCUCUACUGAGGCCAUCCAACCAUUCAGCUUCAAAAUCGGGGGGUCCAGGCAAAGUGAAGGAGUCUACAGUGGAGAAACUUCCCCCUUUGCCAAAAGUGGUCCUAAAGAGAGCAGAGAGCAUGACCAAAAGCAGAAAAGCGAUGAUAUGUCCCACUCUUCCUUCUGAAUCAAGUGUGCACAAACCAGUUCAUAACAUCAAAGUUAAAUGCAAAUGAAAGUUUCUCCUACUGGUAGAGGCUCUCAUGCUGGGCAUUGGAAGAGAUGUGCAGAUGUAUCUUAUGUUCAACCACUGAGAGCAGAGAAACUGAUUCAGGUUUUUUGCCUCAGGAGAUGACUCUUCCCAAACAGCUCAGGAACGCAGUCGACCUCAUAAUUGCCAAGAAAAUUUAAAAAUAAAGGCAUUUUAUGCAAAGAACAAACACAUCCUUCUUUGCAAUUUUGCAUGUUUUAUGAAUACCUUAAUUUUUCUAUGCUUCUUUUUGUGUUUUAUUUACAUGUUGAGAGUCCUGACUUAAAUCUCUCCCACACUCUGGCUGAAUCCGAAUUCAUGGCAUGCGUCCUCCAAAGGCAAGAUUCGUAGGCCGAUUAUGCCAUAGUGCGGUGCCGAGGUCUAGUUGGUUUCCAAGACUCCUCGUUAUGCGGCCAACAAAUGCCCCCUCCUUUUUGCCCGAUUUGAAGGACGGGUCCUGUGUAUCCUAUGUAGCCUUGGUUAUCCCAGGAUUCAUUGCGAGACCAAGCAAGCCGGCUGCUCUGUGAUCAGAAGAAAAAGGUACUUGGUGCUAAACAGUGGUGAAUAUUGGAAGUUCAAUUUAAUAUAAUACAAGUAUGUGAAUAG